CCAGGCGGAUAAGACAGAGGUAAGAGAUAACUCUUACUCCCCAGUUCGUCAAAACUUAUGACUAUCCUGCUAUAGGAUUGUCGUUGUUGAAAGACGGUGCACUAUUUGACACUCCAUAGGGGAAGAAGGCGUAUUCUAGCGUGGCCAAUGGGAAUGGAGUUAACCUGGUCCUCCGCCUCUGCGUGCCCGUGUUUUGCUUCUCGAACCUUCUCCCGGCCGCUCUCCGUCGUCUCAUGUUCACCUCUUCGGCGGCGUUUGCCUUGUCCUACAUCUCAGUCCCUUGGUUUGUUCUUUCAAAAAAUGAGGUUGCAACCAUACCCUCUUCAAGCUCUUGUUGCCGGCACUGGUGAACUAACAAGUGACUAUAAUAAAGGACACAUAUCUUGUAUAGAAGACCCUACCCCUAUCACUGCUGGCUAUAAAGCUGAUGCAAAAGAGGAAUAUGCGGAAGGGGGCUCUGUUGAGAGUGUGAAUAAUAAGAUCCGAGUCUGUGACAAGUUAAUUGAGGUCUUCCUGGUAGAUAAGCCGACUCCAACUGAUUGGAAGAGAUUAAUAGCGUUUAGCAGGGAGUGGAGCAAUAUCAGACCUCACUUUUUUGAGCGUUGUCAGGAUCGAGCGGAGAAAGAAGGUGAUUUUCAGAUGAAACAUAAGCUACUUCGGCUUGGAAGGAAGCUGAAGGAGAUUGAUAGCGAUGUUCAAAGGCAUAAUGAACUUCUCGAGGCCAUAAGAAAUUCUCCUUCUGAGAUUAGUGAGAUUGUUGCUCGGCAUCGUAAAGAUUUUACUGAAGAAUUCUUCUUCCAUGUUAACAUCGUGGCAGAAUCAUAUUAUGACAAUCCAGAAGAACAAAAUGCUGUUGCAAAGCUGGGUAAUGAUUGUUUGGCUGCUGUACAAGCCUAUGAUGCUGCAACUGAAAGUAUAAAGUCAUUGAAUGCUGCAGAGCUGAAACUGAAAGAUAUAAUCAAUUCGCCGUCCGUGGAUGCUGCUUACAGGAAAAUAGAUGACCUGGCCAAUAAGAAUCAACUUGACCCCGCUUUGGCCCUCCUGAUUACCAAAGCUUGGUCAGCUGCUAAGGAGUCGGACAUGACUAAAACUGAGGCAAAAGACAUUAUGUACCAUUUAUAUAAGGCAGCAGUAGGAAGCAUGCAAAAGCUUAUGCCAAAAGAGAUUAGAAUACUUAAGUAUCUGCUUUCAAUUAAAGAUCCAGAGGAGCAUAUUUGUGCUUUAAAAGAUGCUUUCACACCAGGGGAGGAACUUGAAGGAAAUGAUGUGGACUUCCUAUAUACGACCCCGGAGCAGCUGUGCAAUUGGAUAAAGAUCAUAUCAGACGCAUAUCACUUCAGCAGAGAAGGGACUCUCUUAAGAGAAGCCAGAGAUUUACUGAACCCCAAAACCAUCCAAAAACUGGAAGAGUUGAAGAAGUUGAUUCAGGACAAGUUCAUGUAGACAACAAACAAACUCUGCAACUUUUGAUAAAGUUUCAAAUCACGGUGUUGCCUGCUGAGAGAAGGAAUCCCCUAACAGGUAUUAUGAAUCCAUAAAAGCUCCAAUCCAUGCAUACAAUUUGUGAAUGCAUGACUAGGAAUUUGCUCAUUACAAAAUUUUCAAAAAAACCAAAAUUUUUAUAGCGGAUGGAAUUUCCCAAUAUCAUACAGAGUAGUACACGCGAACACCACUAAAUGUGUAUCGUUGGAUCUGUGUGACUGGUGCUAGUGAACUAGAUAUCAACUUUUCUGUUUUCUUUCUUCUAAACAUAUCUGCUGAGUAGGUAAUUUAAUGCAGGCAAUGUAACUGAAGCUCAGCAUCUUUGACAAUCUUCUCUCCCAUCUUUGUUUCAUCCUUAAAAAUAGGUGUAAUAAAAAUGGGUGUAAUUU